AUGGGACUUCUGAACCAACACAAGGUUCAGCAGUGUCCCAAGAGCAAAUGUCUUCGCAGGAGUUUGUCUGCCAUGGAGACAACAGCAGGUCAAAAUCCUGCCAAACUUUCUAGCCAAUCUCCGAGCCAGUCACAGCCUUUGAAAAAAUCCAACCCAGCCCUCUUCAAGUCCCUCUCCACUACAGACCUCCACACUGAGCACCAGUCCAAUGUCAGCGACUUGCCCAAACUCAGAGAACAACUUGUGUUGGUGUCAACGGCAUCAUCCCCAUCACCAAUCAUCACAUCAAUUGCUUCAUUGUCUCCAAACCCAGAGUCGACGGACAUCUCCUCAAACAUCAACCAAC